AUGGCCGAAUAUAGUGGAUUGCCUUUCCAUAUUGAAAUUUUAAAAGCAGCUAACAGUUACUGGGAUAGUGUCGCCAUGACUGCAGCAAAAUCAGGCAGACAGCUUAAAUAUAAUGAACUCUACACAGAAUCUUAUCGGUUUGCUACAGUAAUGAAGAAUCUCGGCGCACAAAAAGGCGAUAUCAUAUGUGUGAUUUUGCCAAACUGUUUAGAAUACCCGGUUAUAUUCCUUGGUUGUGCUUUGAUCGGAUGUUCAAUUUCUGGGAUUAGCCCUUCUGUUACUGACUACGGCAAUUACCAGAACUGUUUACAUUUUGAGAAGGUGAUUUCCGAAACAGAACCUAACUAUGAAAUUGAUGAAGGUUUUGGGAUUACCUUGGACGACACUUUGAUAACACCAUUUAGUAGCGGGACCACAGGUCCACCAAAAUGCGUAGAGCUAACUCACAGAAACUAUAACUGUGCUACUGCUGCUUUACGCAGAGCUGUAUUCAACGAACUGUCUUUAAUGGGCAGGAGAAGUACGUUGGCGUUUCUGCCUUUUUAUCAUGGCUCUGGUUUUUGGGCUUUAUGCUUCUCUCUUCUCGACGGUCAUCAUAGCAUAGUUAUAGAAUCUUUUCAGCCAUCUUUAGUGUUCGGCUGUAUAGAAAAAUAUAAGGUCGAUAUCAUUAAUGUUGUUCCAGCAAUAGUUUCCUACAUGUGUCAAAAUAAGGAAGAUUUCAAAAAAUUUGAUCUUUCUUCAGUUACUACCGUCCUUUGUGGUAGCGCACCACUUAGCCGUGAACUUUCAGAACAUUUUUUAAAACUUUAUCCACAUGUCAAAAAUUUGUUACAAGGUUAUGGCAUGACUGAAAUUGUAAUUUUAAGUCAUAUAACUCCACUUGGAUAUUCUCAAAAUUCAGAAGAUGCAGGUAGUUGUGGCAAGUUACUGCCAGGAUUUCAGGCUAAAGCAAUGAUGUUUCAGAUUUUGGAUUUGGGCAGUGGGGAGGAAAUUCAAAAAGUCGGUGAAGCUGGUGAAUUGUGUUUAAAAUCAGAUUCUGUAAUGAAAGGGUACUACGGUAAUCCGGAAGCGACUUCUGAUGUCAUCGACAAAGAUGGUUGGUUGCACACAGGUGAUAUAGUUUAUCGCAACCGUAACGAUCUGUAUUUUGUGGUUGAUCGUAUUAAGGAUUUGAUUAAAGUUAAUGGGCUUCAAGUGUCACCAUCUGAACUGGAAAGCGUAAUUUUAUCAUUUCCUGGUGUUACUGAUGCAGCAGUUGUUGGAAUUUAUAACGCGAUAUCUGGACAAGUAAAAUUCACUGUUUUGCUUUGGCAUUUAUAA